AAAGCGUGUACCACGGCAUGUAGGACACGCCUUUUGUUAAAAGCCGUCGCUAAAGCCAUCGUCAAAGCCACAUUACCGGGCAGCAACGCCUUAGGUAGGCCUUCAGCUGCGGCCGUGCUUAUAUGCAUGUCUGAAAUGGAGGGUGGGUAGACCAAUGGCGGCAUGGCAAGGCGAAGAUACGAGAAUCAUAAUGAUGUGUAAGCACCGUGCAGCAACUGGUGCGAGGGGAACACCGAUAUAGCCAACCACCGUCUAGCUAUUCAAGAUGCUUUGGCGCUCAGUUAUUUGUGUGUGUGCUACACCAAGACUCAUAUCGGUCACCUUUUUGAUCGCGAUAUGGAAUCACCCAGAGCCAUCGGAAUCGCUUGCCGCCUAUCGCCAAGCCUAUCGCUGAAGUUACCAUUCUGGGCACGAAAAAAUCUCACAUUACAUCGACGAUAUUUCGUUCAGGCAGCCUCACUUCACGAGCUGAGAAAUCAACUAAGGUCGCAAACUCAUUCCAAAUCUAUCGAUUACCAAUCCUUCGCUGCGACGCCGAGCCGGGAAUUGAAUAUGAGUUCCAGGUCGAACCAUCGAGUCCCCAUCGAACCGCAACGUGUUGACGCGCCUUUGACUCAGUCUGCGACGUUUCUCGUGGUAACCAUUUCCGAAAUCCCGGAUGCCACCAGAGUCGUGCGCUCAGUCCUCUCGAGUAUCGACGGUUUAGCGAAAAACGUGGCCAUCAGAGAUCUAGGCGCCGCAUUCGCCUGCACGGUUGGCAUUGGCAGUGAAGCAUGGGACCGCCUAACCCGGCUACCACGACCGGCAGAGCUUCAUCCAUUCCCCGCCGUUCAUGGCCAGAAGCAUACUGCAGUCUCGACACCUGGAGACUUGCUGUUCCACAUACGAUCGGAGAGACGAGAUCUUUGCUUCGAGUUCGAGCGACAAUUGCUUGAUGCUCUAGGCGAUGCCGUUGCCGUCGUUGACGAAACUAACGGAUUCCGUUACUUUGACGUCCGCGAUCUUCUCGGGUUUGUGGACGGCACAGCGAACCCCGUAGGCCCCGCCGUACCGGGCUCAAUACUCGUCGCCGAGGAGGAUGCGCCCGCAAUUGGCGGGAGCUACGUUGUGGUUCAGAAAUAUGUGCACGACGUCAAAUCCUGGAAUACGCUCUGUACUGAGCAGCAAGAAGCUAUAAUCGGACGCAAGAAGCUCGACAAUGUGGAGUUAGAUGAUGCGGCUGCAGGACAGCAACAAUCGCACAAGUCGCUUGCUACGGUCGAAGAUGAAAAUGGUGAUGAACAUGACAUCCUUCGAGAUAAUAUGCCCUUUGGGUCGCCCGGCUCCGGGCAAUUUGGGACCUACUUUAUCGGAUAUUCGAGACGGCUUUGGGUCAUCGAGCAGAUGCUACAGCGCAUGUUCGUUGGCGACCCGCCGGGCUUACACGACAAACUCCUUGAUUUUUCGAUACCAUUAACGGGAUCAACAUUUUUUGCACCAUCAUCUUAUUUCCUGAAACGGUUGGGUGCUGCGGACAAUUGAAUAACGAAUUUCGGCGAAGAUCUGCGACUAUCA